AAAGAUUUCUUUAUUAUCAAUCAAAUCAAUGUACAUAUUUCCAGAAUAAGCAUCGCCCCAUACAAGUUUUAGAUGUAACAGCAUCAGCUUUGCUCACCUCCGUUCAUUGAUCAAAAUCUGAACAUAACUGACUUAAGAGUUGUAGUGACGGAAGAAAGCUCCCCGAAAAAAAAACUAGAUGGGAGAACUUUGUAAUCUUUAGAAGUGAAAGUACUAAAAAUAUAUAAUUUUUAUUACAAAAUUAAAUUAUUCACCUAAAAAAUGCGAAAUAUAAGACAUUACACUCAUAUUAAAAAAAUAUUCUAGAAGAAAAUACUCUGUAUUGUUGAAAAAGCAGAUGAGCAUAGAUGUUAACAUGAAUAUUUCGUUUUAAUGUUUCGUUUUGAAGUUCGUUAGUUGUGAAAGAUCGAUUAAAGGCUUCAGAGUUUCGGGGUUUUAUGAAUUCCCUCUCAGAGACGUAAUAAAAGUCACUAAAACCGACACAUUCUUAAACUAUGGGAAGUUUAGAAUAUACAGAAGUAGUGUUGUCAUUCCGAUACCACACGGCCGACUGCUUUGUUUGUCUGCUUUACGUCCCAUCGAUUAUUUUUCACUCAUUCUGAGACGUUACCCGUUGUAGGUGAAGUGCUACAAUUAGACCUAUGCUUAACGCUCAGGGUCGUAGCAAUGAGACUUCUUUAACCAGCCAACGCCUGCCGCGACACGGGACAUACUGCGCACAUGCAAAGUUAUUAUUUUAUAUUCUAUAGGGCGGUCAGUUUACUACACUGGGUUGUUAUCAGAUUUCUAUAGGCCAAUCACGAAGGUUCUACAAUUUUUUUUAAUAUUUGCCUGUUGAUCACGAAGUCUGAGUAAAAUGAAAUACAUGUAGAUAUGUUUCGAAACAUCACGCAGCUGCCUUAACACGUGACACGUUUUUUACAUAUAAAUUCAAUGACGAUGACAAAAUUACGGACAACCCCAUUUUAAAGUUCCAUGUACCAGUAUAGUGUAUAUAAGUGAUUAUUUUAUGGCAUUUAGCUAUACGUUCGUAUUUCCUGCCACGUGACAUCCAAUUAAUUUACAAUUUUAAUAACGUAAACAAAUACGGAAGUAAAUACAUGUAGAUAUAGUUUGCAUUUGGUCACUAUAGACUAUGGCUGAUUUUGUGGGUCGUGUGAAGGAAAUAGAUAAUAUUACUGACAUCUUAUGCUCCCCUUCAUCUACAAAAAGUGCAGUCAUUUUGUAUGGAACGAAAGCAGUAGGCAAAUCCUCGGUAGCUCGAGAAGUUUGCAAGAGUAUGGAGGAUUUGGAAGUACACUGGGUGGACUUAACACAUAUUGGAGAGGCAAUCAAAAUUCUUGAACCUUUAGUGAUCACGAUUCUAAACGAAAAUCAUCUAAUUAUCGAUGAAGAGAACGUCGAUGAUUUAUUUGAUGACUUGCUGGAAAGACUAUGUUGCAGACUUACAGGGCCCGAGAAAAAACACCUCAUUGUAUUUGACAAUAUGGAUGAGGUAUUAGAAAGAAAAUUGUCAACGUACAUGACAAAGAUGAUUCAUACCCUUGCUUGUGUUGAUGGCGUACGAAUCUUGGCUACAUCAACGAUAAAACUUGAAGUCAAACAUCCUUAUGUACUGGAAAUGGCACUAGAACCAUUAUCAAUCAAAGACUCUGAAAACCUGCUUCACAAACUUUGCCCCUGUUUGAAUCGGAAUGAAAUGUUUUACAAAGUAAUAGACCUGUGUGAAGGGUUACCACUUGUUCUUAAAAUGACAGCGAGUGAAAUUGAUGCAGGGGAGCUCACCGUGGAUGAAAUAGUGUGUUUACUGAGUCAGUGUCGACUGAAAUUUCUCAGCCAGGAGUUUUAUCCAAGUACAGACCGACUGGGACCAGUGUAUCUCGCUUUUUUACGACGACUCUCAAAACCUCUGCAAGAUAAAUUGUCCAUGAUCAAUUAUAUCCCAGGUACCUUUGAUGAAAAGGAAGCUGUAGGAAUGAUGGGACGUGAAGACUCCUCCACUAUUGGGCACCUGGAAGCAGCAAUAAAACAUCAUGUUAUUCACAAGUACGGAAUUCACAAAAGAUUGGACAUUCAUGGAAUUUUACGAGAUUGCAUAUCCGAGUUCAUGGCAAUCAAGAACCUACCGUUGGUACGUACUAGAUUUUGUAAGGUAUUUUCUGAGAUCCUUCGGGAGUUGGAUGAAAAGUCUCGUACCUCUGACUACCAGGUGGCGCUCUGUCGAUUGAAUCAGGAGCAGCAGAACUUCAAUAAGCUGUUUAAAGAUGUCUUCCACUGCACUAGCGACACCUAUCAUAUUUUUGUCAACAUUGCCUCCUAUCAAUAUAACAUGUCCACGUCAGCUUUUAUGUUUAAUUCACCUGAUUCAUAUGAAAUGGGGAUGGUUUUCUACGAAGAAUGUUUACGCCUAACUCGAAAACACGGGAAUGAUUAUGACACAUCAAAAGUACUUAAUGGUUUAGGACGUGUGGUGACAAAUAUAAAGGAAGAUCACGUUCUUGGUGAGCGCCAUUACAGGGAAGCCUUACGUAUCAGACAGCGACAUCACAAACAACAGGACUACUUCCUGGCGUUCCUGUAUCAGAGCCUGGGUUGGAACCUAGGAUGCCAGGGAAAAACACUUGAUGCUAUAUUGUUCCUCGAGAAAGCCCUUAAGAUUGAACUGGAACUUGGGAUGUACACAGAAAAUCUAAUCUUGAAUACACUUCAAACGCUAGCUCUCUUUCAUCUGGAUUUAGAUCAUAUAGACGAUGGUGAAAAGUACCAAAUGGAAGCUUUUCGACGCAGACGACUGGCCAUAGGGACAGACAUGCACCCAAUCAUGGGUUCCAUGAUGAACAAUGUUGGUGAAAUGUAUGAAAAGAAGGGUGAUUUUGAAGAAGCAGAAAGCUAUUUUCGACGUGGACUAGAAAUAAAAACGCAUACGAACGCUGCAGUGAAAAGUAUUGUGUUAUCGGAAAUAAACUUGGCAAACCUACUGACGGAUACCGGACGGGCAGACGACGCCCUGGAUGUCCUGCAUUGUAGCAUGAAUCGGAUGGGAAAAUUCAGUGGUAUCUUUGAAGAUACACAAUCUCUUGUUCAUGAAAGUUUUGGUAGAGCAUUUAGGGAAAAAGGAGAAAAUAUAGAUCAGCCAUGAAAUCGUUUCGAGACGCCAUUGGCCGUCAUGGCGACAGUUGUGCACGUGAUUUCGGGGUAAUUGGUUUGCAGUGUCGAUUGGCGGAGAGCCUAACAUGUCUUCACAAAUACAAGGAAGUAAUAAAUAUAAUCAAAUAUUCUUUAAACCAGAAGGAUGCUGCAAUUAAGCACAAUCCGUCAUCAUUGGUAGUGCUUCGUUGCUACAAAAUCCUCAGAAACGCACAGAUUGAAUCCGAUUGCAUCUGGGAUGCGCAGGAAUCAUACAAGAAAGGAUAUAUAGAAUUCAUACGCUUAAAAAACUUAUUUGAAAAUCUCGAUAAGGAAAAUUGUCUUUUUAAACUUCAGACUGAAUGGGAUAUUGUACAAACUAAUGAUGUUUUAGAGAAUGAUACUGUUCAUGUACACUCUAUGUUCCUAUAGCCAUAAGAACUGGGGACAGAAAGGACAAAUUUUCUGUCACAUGCUAGCCAAAACUUUAACCAAGUUGCAUGAAAUACAGCCAUCCUGGUACACGCUAGAUUGGAACUGGAUAAUAAAUAUUAUGUUGUUGAGAUAUUCCACGCAGACUUUAAAUGGUCUUAUUCUGUCCCAUUUUUAUUGACGCCCCUUAUCUUCGUAUAAAAACCAGCAAGUUA